AUGAAGAACAUCACCGAAGUCACCACAUUUGUGCUGAAGGGCUUCACAGACAACCUUGAGCUUAAGACCGUGCUCUUCUUCCUAUUCCUGGUCAUCUAUCUCUUUACACUCACUGGAAACUUAGGACUAAUUGCUCUAGUGAUUGGGGAUCCCAAGCUUCACAACCCCAUGUACUACUUCCUGUGUGCAUUGUCUUCUGUGGAUGCCUGCUACUCCUCAGUUAUAACUCCAAACAUGUUAGUCGAUUUUAUUUCCAAAAACAAAGUCAUAUCAUUCUUUGGAUGUGCAACACAGUGCUUUUUGGCUGUUACUUUUGGAACCACAGAAUGCUUCCUCCUGGCUGCCAUGGCCUACGAUCGCUAUGCAGCCAUCUACAACCCACUGCUGUACUCGGUGAGCAUGUCACCUAGGGUCUAUGUGCCUCUCAUCAUUGCCUCUUAUGUGGGCGGAAUUCUCCAUGCCAUUAUACAAACAGUGGCCACUUUUCGCCUGUCCUUCUGUGCAUCUAAUGAAAUCAGACAAAUUUUUUGUGAUAUUCCUCCCCUUCUUGCUAUUUCCUGCUCAGAUACCCAUGUAAACCAGCUUCUCCUUUUCUUGUUUGUGAGUUCCAUUGAAGCUGUCACUAUCCUGAUUGUCCUGGUCUCUUAUGGUUUCAUUCUGUGCGCAAUCCUGAGGAUGAAUUCACCUGAAGGAAGACAAAAGGUCUUCUCUACAUGUGGUUCUCACCUAGCUGCUGUCUUUAUCUAUUAUGGAACAAUUCUCUUCAUGUAUGUACGACCAAGAUCUAGCUAUGUUUUGCAGUAUGACAUGAUAGUGUCAGUGUUUUAUACUGUUUUAAUACCCAUGCUGAAUCCUAUCAUAUACAGCUUGAGGAACAAAGAUGUGAAAGAGGCCAUGAAAAAAAUAUUUGGGAAAAAAACUGGUGUAUGA